AUGCACUCGAACUUUAGUUCCAGCAGCAGUUCAUGCAGAUCCACUUUCGACACGACCAGUUUUACGAAUGGCAAGGAGGAAGAUAACAUACUAUUGGCGCUAGCCACAAACGCCCGUGACAAAGUGGAGCACGCUCGAUGCGUGUUUGCAACUGCAGGAUGGAAAGGACGAAAGGAAGGUCAAGGCACACGCGUGUUCGACCGGAAGUCAACACCAGGAGUUUACGAUGUUGCAGCAUCUACGUCUCUGCCUUGCAGUGUCGAUGAAUUUUUGGAAGUAUUUUCCAGCCGCAAUCGCGACGACUUUAAUGCUACCAUGGUGGCUCUUGCAGGUGAUGCUUUCUCUUAUGCAUUCACACUACGCGAAGUGCCCAUGGCGUCGAUGAACACGCAUUUGACCAUCAAGCGCAUGCAGUUUUUGGGCUCUAUUCCGCUUGUUUCCAGUGCCAAGACGGUUGAAUUUCUUGACUACAUCGACUUUAACUACAAGACACGCACUGCGGUCCGAAUAUUACAGACGUUGACAUGUGAUCAAGCUGGGCGCCUCAUUGUUGGCGGAGACGUAUUUGCUGGCUACUUGCUAUCGGAGCAAGUGAAAUUGCAUCAGACGUCUGUCUUUUACUUCGGAUCACACACAAUGGCUUUAGAUAAAUUGAAAGCCAAAGGAAUUGUGAAGGCCACGUUUAAAGCUGCAACCGCAUGUGAGGCCACGGCCCACGCCUUGUUAAAGUUGGCCAAUCUGGUCCCAAAAGUUUGUAAGAUUGCGAUCCGGAGACGCUUGGGUGCCGCGUACACUGUUAAUUCUGCUGCUAACGUUGUCAAUGAAAGAUGCUCCGGCUGUGGAAAGCUAAUGAAGGAGUCGCUACUGCGAAAGAAGUACGUCUGCUAUUUAUGUUGCCACCAUACGUGCAGCUCUUGCUCCAAGCCGCAGGAUGUCGAAGUGCUGAUUGGUGUUAGCAAACGCCAACGCGUUUGCUGCAUGUGCAUCGCGGCCGCACGUCAUCGAGCUUUCAAUACCGAAUACCAGCUUGAAGACGGACCAAUGCAUCAUUUGCGUGCCGCCUCGAGCACUGCCUCGUUGAGCCGCACUGAUCCAACGACCCCAUCGCGUGUACUGCAUUAG